AGAACCAGUUCGCAGUAUCAUGGGAAAAAUGACAUCUUCAUUCGAAAAAUGCCUCUCUGCAGUCACAGGCAUGUACGUCUUGUUCGUGGCGUUGCUCGUCGCGCCACUUGUGCACAGCACGGGCAGGGCGAGCGCGGUGCACAAGCAGGCAGGACCGCCCGGUUCCCUUGUUGCGAAUAAGCUCCAGCGUGAGCUCCACCGUUGCCACACGGAGCUUGGACUGCUCGAGAAUCCGGAUGUGGUCAAGGACUACAAUUACUUGAAUGUUGCAGGAGUGUACUGUGGCACGCUCUCGUGGUUACGAUACACUAGCGCCGCAGACGCAAACAAGCAUGUUGGCGCAGGAACCUCUCGCCCCGCAGUUUUUCUGGACUUUUUCCUCGGCGCAGGGGGCUACCAGCAGUUUCUGCAGCAGGCCGUUGAAGCGUACCAGAGGGAAGAGUAUCGCAAGGGAGCGAAGCAGGCGGAUCACGUGGCCGCAGCGAAAGAAGCUUUAAGGGUGUAAAAAAUUCAGCUUCAAGAACAGCUUUGAAAAUUCGGCCUGUCGGUUUUUAUUUUAGUCGCAGAGACCUUCAGAGUCAGCGCCAACAUACAGUGGCGCCGCCAGCUCAUUUCGAGCCCCAUUUCGCUCGCAGAAGGUCGCAACUCGUGCGAAAGCGAC